UACGUCAAAAAGAUCAGCCGUUCUUUCUUGCCGAAUGGAAAAAGUCCAGAACAAAGAGAAGGAGGAGAAGGAAGCGGACAAGGAGCCUUUAGUUCAGAAGUCAAGUACAAUAAACAAGGCAAAAUUGCGAUGUCAAUGAUAUAUUCCAGCUUUGACAUUUUGGACAAACCUUGGUGGAAACUCCAUUUUGAUGAACGCAAUACUGAAUAUUUGAUCUCAAGUGUCAAGCACUUCCAACAGGUUAUAUCAUCAGCAGUUGAUAAUGAAAGCAAUGAGUUCUUCUGGAAAGGAUACAUCGACCUUCACCGUGAACGUUACCUACUCGAAUGUGUUUCUGCGGAAAGUGACAUCGACCUCACUAUUGGCUAUGUACAGAAGUUGCUAAAGAAACCUGGGUUUCUUAGAAUGUUUUGCAGAAGAAUUUUUGCGAAGUGCCUCAAACCCGAUAGAUCCUCACGUUUGGCUAAAAAAGUGCAAAAUCUUUAUAAUGUUUUCAUCGACAUUUUCCCUUCUAUCUUCUUGCCAGAUCUUCCAAUAGAUCGUUUUACACCUGGGUUUGCAAAACAAUUGCACCGACAAAUUGGUAACGGUUUAAUUAAAGAUGCUGGGCAGUAUAGAACGCAAUUUGUUAUGGCGGCACAAGACAACUUCGUAUAUAUGGCACCGAAUUUGAUAAAUGAUAGAAUGGAUGAGUUAUUCCGUCAAUGUAGAGAGAAAUUUGGGAAGACAGACUUGCAGUUGGAAGAAGCUAUUAAAUAUGGGGCAUGUUUUCUUGCCUACUUCUUGUUGAUUCACCCUUUUAUAAAUGGAAACGGAAGAGUAGCGAGAUUGCUUUUGAGCUAUCUCUUAUCAAGAUUCACUGUAGUACCACUCUCUUUAUAUACAGGAAUGAUGUGUAUUUACAGUGUCUACGUGAAGCACAGUGGUAUCAAGACUCGUUCAAACCUAGCGCACUCGCAGGCUUUAUACUUGAGUCAACGUACUUAUAAUCGGAAAUUAGCAGAGCUCGGGAGUACUUAUUUUCGGAGGGAUACUUAUUUUCAAGGAGCACUUAUAUUUGGAGCAAUUUUGGCAGCAGGCUACGAGCUUUAUUAA